AUGGAAGGCGGAGAUAUCUUUGAUUGCGUUGACGUGAAUCUACAACCAUCUUUUAAUCACCCAUUGUUGAAAGACCACAUAAUUCAGAUGGAACCAAGUUCUUUCCCAAUAGGGAUGGAUGUCAAAUCAGCGUCUCUACAUCAUGUAUCACAAGCACAGCUACCUCUUGUUUCCUGCCCAAGAGGAACAAUCCCUAUACUACGUAACCAUAUAAGAUACCGUAUAUCAUCCAAAGGUAUUGAUGAAGUGGUUGGAAAGGAUAAACAACAAGAGGAGGUGGGAAUCAAGUAUCAGCACGAUGAUAUAUACGGGACACGGGCUAUAAUAAAUGUUUAUGAGCCAAAGGUGAAGAAUCAUACGAAGGAUCUUAGUGCAACAUCCAUAAAAAUUUAUAAUGGAUCAGGUCGUGAAGAAGCAAUUGUUGUUGGUUAUUCGGUAUCCCCGAGUCUAAGUGGUGAUAGCUUCGCUAGGUUCCAUGUUUCUUGGGAUGAUGGCUUACUAAAAAAGCCAUGUUAUGAUCACACAUGUCCUGGUUUUGUGCAAGUGAAUCACAAUGUUGGUCUUGGAGGAAGGGUGCAACCUAUUUCAGUAUAUAAUGGACCACAAUAUGUCAUAACUGUUCUUAUGUUCAAGGACCCGAAGACUAAGAAUUGGUGGGUGGUAUAUGGUGAAGAGAAUACUCCAGUUGGAUAUUGGCCAAGUUCAUUAUUCACCUACAUUAAGGACAGAUGUGAAAGUGCAUUUUGGGGCGGGCAAGUUUCUGGACCCACUGCCUCAAUAGACUCUCCACAAAUUGGUAGUGGUCAUUUUGCCUCCGAAGGAUAUGGAAAAUCAGCUUUUAUAAAAAACAUCCAAAUAAUUGAUAGAAACAACAAGUUUUUUAAUCCAGAUGACAACAAAGCUUUAACUGGCAGCAGCAAUUCAUCAAAAUUCAUGGUCGAUGGUUAUGGAAUCAACAAAUCUGGUAUGCAUAUAUACAAUGGUGGACCAGGUGAUUUAGUCUGAUAAUGUACUUCAUAUUACAAUAAAAUUGACACAGAGUAGCUGCUAGGAUAUGUGAAUAAUUGAGCAUAAGAAGAACAUGCUUAUUCUUAAUAUGGUUCCAGAGUACAAGCAGCAUGAUCAUCGAAAUGGAGGAAAAUUAUCCAUUAUUGGUGCACCUGGACAUAUAUUUGUUUGUCGUUGUAUUUUAUUAGCUUCUUUGUGUGUAUCUUGCGGUAUACCACAUCUUUUUAAGUAGGGAAAUAGUCUCUCCAUAUCAUCCUCUGUGCAACUGUGUGAUCUGCUAUGCGUUCUCUUCGACGGGCACAAAGUAUUCCCACCAUAGAAAAUGACACAUAUGGUAGCUUUAAAGGUCUACAUUAGUAUAUACUAGUAGAAAAACAUCGGUAAUUUCCAAGAGUAAGAAUGUGCAACAACUAGUCAUCUUAACCAGUACUGUAUGAACAAGUAACGGAGCUACAAAUAUAAAUUGAGCCAAGAUCAAUAUAGCACAUAUACAGAAGAGAUUAUGAGCACCAAAGGUGAAGUGAUCAUGAAGGAAGAAGAAAAUCAUUGGCAGCGAAGGAUGUCAAGCUGGUAGGCACAACAGUACCAUUUUCAUAUUUUACGAAAGUGUGUAGUCCUGUCAGCCUGAUUAUUAGAACUUUCAUGAAUGGAAACUUCGGUGCCCAGUAAGAACUUGUUAUAAUCAGCAAGAAUUACAGAUAAAAGCUCGUUACAAACUGUUCAGUAUCAAGACAAGCCAGUCAAAGUAUCCAUCGUUGGAGUUAUGCAUUAUCAAAAUUAGAGGAGAACAAGUCAAUGGAAACAACUCUGACAUAGGCAACUGCACACACACUUAUCACUCACGCACAAGAAACAUGAAAGUGGAUGGAG